GAAUAUUGUGUAAUAUUAAUUUAUUCUGUGUUUUAGUUCCACGAGUAACAUUAUGUAAACGCUCUGAACAACAAUAGAAAUUUAGAACUUAAGAAUUACAUAUUUUAGUAAAAAUGUUAAGUUUGUUAAGACUAUAUAUUUUCACCGAAGAUCAUCUGAAAGACAAUCACACUACAUAAAAUGCACUUGUAUAAUGUGCGUGCAACGAAUGUGGCCCUUGGAAACGGAAAGGCGGGAAAAGGCAUUCCUAUUUACCAAUUAAGUAAUGUAAUUUAUUGGAAACUGACAACGUACCUAUUUUACCAUCAUUAAAAGUGAGGUGCGACAAUAGGAACAAUGUGAAUGCAAGUAUUAGUGGUAGGCUAUUCCUAGAAAAAACUGCACACUUGAAUAAACAGUCAUGGCUAAUGUUCAGGCAGUGACCGUCAGAAAUAUGGCCCGCCACCGAUAUUUAGUCUACUUGAUCAUAUGGCUGUGCAUUCUUUUCCCAGUGUUGUAUUUCAAGAUUUCUGAUCGCCCUGUUCCUGAUAAUAAGACUGUAAACACGUCCAAAAACUCUGCACUCAAGUAUAAAAGACCAGUGUCCAAAAUCGAUUACAGUGAACUCACUGGAGUGUGUAAUCCUCCCCACAUGAUUGAACGUGGCGAUGAAGGAGAUAUUGGCUUGCUAAACAAUAGCCUUACAAUUCAAGGAGUAAUAAUACUGACUAGACAUGGAGAUCGUGGGCCAAUGAAUCAUGUUCGGAACAUAGCUGAUAUAGACUGCAGCAUGGAACCUGAUCAGGAGUUUAAUGGUUAUACAAAAUUUUUACAAAACAUAUUCUUCAACAUGUCAUUACAGUUUUUAGGUCCCUUUCAUGGGUACCCGUUAUAUCCACCACAAAACAAUUGUUCAAUAAGUCAACUCACCCCAAUUGGUGUGUCCCAAAUGCUUAAGCUUGGACAAACCUUACGUUCCGUUUAUCACCCUUUGCUUAGUGUUUCUAAUUCUGAUGACAUAAUAAUAUAUAGUACCAAGUAUAGACGUACAUUCCAAAGUGCAUUGGCGUUUAUGUAUGCAAUUCUGUCACCUGAUGUAUUAUCCAAAGUCACAUUCAAAGAAAGUGAUAGUUACAGUUAUUGUUUUGAUCAUUGUGCUUGUUUUAAUGUCAAUAAUUUGCAAAUGAAAAUAAAACAGUCAUCUGCAAAACGGUUAAAGAGUCGGAGAGUAGUAGAAAAAAUGCUCAAGCGCAUACAUAAUAUAGUACAUCUGAUGUCCAGUAGUGUACGGGUAGACCCUUACUUACUAAGAGAUUCUAUUAUGACAUAUGUGUGCCAUGGAGCACCGUUGCCUUGCUAUCAGGAUGAUUGUAUAACACAUGACAAUGUUAAACAGCUUUUCAACUACAUAGACUGGGACUUAGAACGUUAUGCUAAACAUGGGCUGUUGAGAAAAUAUGGACUUUUAAAGUCAUAUGGUUUUGCAUUGAAUAUUGCAAUGAAUUUGUUGAAAAUGGUAUCUGAAAGUAAACCUCGUUUGGUUUUAUAUUCAGGUCAUGACUUGACCGCUCAGUACCUAUUAGCUGCCUUUGGAGUUCUCAAUGCCCAAACCAUGUCACCGCACUAUGCUUCUCGCCUAGUGUUCGAGGUGUAUCGAAACAACACGGUUGACACUACUUAUCCUGGCAGAGACUUUUACUUUAGAGUUAUUUUCAAUGGCAAAGAUGUGACCCAAUCAGUAGCUUUCUGUAAAAACCAUGCAGGUAGCUGGACAGACUCAUCAAUUUAUCUGUGCCCAAUAGAGUAUGCUAUUAGGUUCAUACAUGACGAUUAUUUUACCACUUUCAAUGCUUCUAACUACAAAGAAGCAUGUGGCACUCGUUCUUGAUUUGUAAACCACAUAUUAUGUCCUUAUUUUACUAAAAAAAAACACUAAGCUAUGACAUUAUUUUAUAAGCCUUUUUAUUGUUGAAAUGAAAUGAUAAAUAUUAAAUAAAUAUUGUUUUUUGUUACCUA